GUGAAUUGGUUGUAACAGAAUUCCAUGCACGGAUUAGACGAGCCCAAAUAUACAGGUCUAUGUAUGUGUAUAUGUGUGUGUGAGGUGCGGCGCAGAGUGGGUGUGAGUGAGGGCAGCGCUGGCCGGGCACAGGGUGCAGUGAUUUGCUGGCAAGGCUAGGGAGACAUUGCUGCUGCUGAUGCCAUUGGAUUUGCAGCGCUCCUGUAUAACUGUCUCUCCUCGCUGCUGCUUGUUGGGAGAAGGUCCGCCAUAUUCUGCCUCACCACGCCCGGGGAGCAGAGCCAUAGAGAAGGCUGGGGGAAUGCUCGUUGCGGGCAGCAGAGGCGCCCAGUGCCAGGAGCAGCAGCGCUACAGCGGGAGGCUGGCGGCAUGAGAGCGGCGUAUUGCGCGGAAUAAGAGGGAAGCCAGCGGCGGCAGCAGCAGCAGAUCCCUGGGAGGAGAGCAGGGGAUGUGUGAGAGGGGGAAGGGCGGCAGCCACUGUUAGUACUGGGGGCUCCGGGCUGAGCACUGCAGCAGCGGUCACUGGGGGAAGUACUGGGAGUAUAACGCCCAGGAGCAGGAAGGCAGCAGCAGCCCCGCCGCACGCCUGCCCAUCCCUACUAGCGCCGCUGCGCUUCCCAUGGAUGUCACCAUGUUGUUUGCUGCAUGCAGGCUGUGAGAGGAGGAGGCGGAGUUGCUAGAGCAGGAGGCGAGUGACAGCAGAUCGGGCGUUAGGUGUCCCCUGUACUCGGGCAGCGGCUGCACCCACUCAGGGGUGCCAUCACAUCAGCUGGGGGCACACAGUGCCGGGCUCCCUCCUGUCACCUAUACAUAUAGCUAUACAUCACAGGCUGUACAUCCACCCCGCCCCCCUCCCCGCACUGCAAAUCCAGCGGCGAGCAGGAGAAGCCUUGUAGCAGCAGCAGCAGCGGCGGCGGGUGUGUGUGACUUGCAGGGUGGGGGUCUGUCUCUCUCCAGCAGUCAGGAGACAUGACUCUGGAGUCCAUCAUGGCGUGCUGCCUCAGUGAGGAGGCCAAGGAGGCUCGGAGGAUCAACGAUGAGAUCGAGAGGCAGCUUCGCCGAGACAAGAGGGACGCUCGCCGGGAGCUCAAGCUGCUCCUUCUCGGCACAGGAGAAAGUGGGAAAAGCACGUUUAUCAAGCAAAUGAGGAUUAUCCAUGGCUCCGGAUACUCUGAUGAAGAUAAGAGAGGCUUCACUAAACUUGUGUACCAGAAUAUAUUUACAGCAAUGCAAGCUAUGAUCAGGGCUACGGAGACCCUUAAAAUCCCAUACAAGUAUGAACACAACAAGGGCCAUGCACUGUUAAUCCGAGAAGUUGAUGUUGAGAAGGUAUCCACGUUUGAGAAUCCUUACGUAGAUGCAAUUAAAUACUUAUGGAAUGAUCCUGGGAUACAGGAGUGUUACGAUCGGCGUCGGGAAUAUCAGCUAUCUGAUUCCACUAAAUACUAUCUUAAUGACCUGGACCGUAUCGCAGGUCAUGGAUAUCUUCCUUCUCAGCAAGAUGUGCUCAGAGUCAGAGUGCCCACAACAGGAAUUAUUGAAUAUCCAUUCGAUUUACAGAGUGUCAUCUUCAGAAUGGUGGAUGUAGGAGGACAGCGAUCAGAGAGGAGGAAAUGGAUACACUGCUUUGAAAAUGUCACCUCCAUAAUGUUCCUAGUAGCCCUUAGUGAAUACGAUCAGGUGCUUGUGGAGUCUGACAAUGAGAACCGGAUGGAAGAAAGCAAAGCACUAUUUAGGACGAUUAUCACAUAUCCCUGGUUUCAGAAUUCGUCAGUCAUCCUCUUUUUAAACAAGAAAGAUCUUCUGGAGGAGAAAAUUAUGUACUCCCAUCUAGUUGAUUAUUUUCCAGAAUAUGAUGGACCCCAGCGAGAUGCACAAGCGGCAAGAGAAUUUAUCUUAAAGAUGUUCGUAGAUCUGAAUCCAGACAGUGACAAAAUAAUCUAUUCUCAUUUCACCUGCGCCACAGACACUGAGAACAUUCGCUUCGUCUUUGCUGCUGUCAAGGACACGAUCUUACAGCUGAACCUGAAGGAAUACAACCUGGUCUAACUGUGCCUGCUAGUUUUCCCAAUCCCCCUUUGGGUCAUUGAAGAAAUACAAGAAGGACUGUAUUAUCUAUAAGAGGAAAAGAAACAAUUUGCAUAAUACUAAUUUAUUGCCGUCCUGAACUCUGCGAAUGUUCACAGAGUUUGUAGUAAUUAUUAUUAUGAUUUUAUUUAAACGAUGUAGAGGAAAAACGAACAGCUGCCGUAAAGGUGCAGCACCAUUUUCUAGGAGAAAUCGACUUCUGUUUUGAAUUGUAAGUCGUGCACUCAUAAGGGCCGGUUUCAUUUGUAUUGCUUUUAUUUUUUAAGGAGAGAGCAGGAUGCUUUUAAUUCUGCAUGAUGCUCCGAGGCUCCUUCUUUAGGUAUUUUAAGCUUUUCCAGUUCAGAUUCUCGUAAGGUUUCCCAUAUAAUAAUGACCCCUUUCUGAGCCGCUUACACUAGUAAAAAAAAUAGGCAUACCUUUUGUGGUUUGUUAUUUUCUUUUUUAAAUUUCAGUCGUCAUCUUUGCUAAUUUAUAAACUUUUCGAAGGAUAAAAAGUAUUGAAACUGUGAUUUUUAAAUUAUUGAAAUGUAUAAAGUAGAUUUGGUUUUUGGUACUGUCUUUUGUCACUGAGGUAAGAUUUCAAGAACUCAUCAAGCAAUAGGUACGUGAGUUCAAUGCUUAGCCAUCCACAUAUUUAAGAUGACUGACAAAAUGGCAGAUAGGUGAUUGAAGUGUCUGUCUGAAAUGACCAAGACUCACUCAAAAAGGAAUAGAGAAAAUGUUUGGUUAUAUAGCGUGCCAUUUUUAUUUUUAAGGGAAGGGGGAUAAGAACUUGGUGAUAUUUUAAUUUCUACUUGCACAUCCAAAUGUUGGGAACACUAAACACUUUCCCCCGCUUUAGUGCAUUCAACUAUACAGAUUUUUAUUUUUUUUGUUACAUUUUUAUGGUAUUACAGAGCUGACUAAAAAAAAUGUGCAAAUCCAAUAUCCAGUUGCCAAAUCUGGCUCUUUAUAUUUCGUAUUUUUUUGGGGUUUUUUUGGAUUGUACAUAGACAAUUAAAAUGCCAAAACUGACUGAUUAGGUUCCAAUUUCAUCUGAUGCCUGCCAAAUAAGCCAUUUCUCUUCAUACAUUAGGUAUUUUUUCCUAGUAUUCCAUUAUAUUUGCCAAACAAGCAGUGCAUGUAUUACCUGUGCUGGUAGCCUUGUAUUUAAGGAUGUCGUCUUGUGCCCUAUAUAUGUGGAGAGGAGGUGCUAUACAGUUAAUUGUUUUUUUUUACCUUCCUAUGUCAGCAUAGAAGGACCUACAACACAGUUUAGGUGCAGUCAUUAGCUGUUCUCCCUGUUUAUAAGAAUGGUUAAAAAUCUAGAACACAUGUUAACCGGGGACCUUCUUUUAAAUUUAUUAAGAGUUGCUACUGUGCAUUUUCUGUAAGAGAUAAUAUUAAAAAAGAAAACAGUUGAUGUCAAAGUAUUAAUCCCUAAUUAUUAAAUCCAUAGAAAAAUGUUUUUCCUUUAUUCUUUCGCACAACCUUUUUCUUAAUAUUGUUUUGCCAAUUACCAGUUUGUAGAGUUUUAGCAAUCUGCCCAAUUAUUUGGGAGAGGGGGCUGCUAAACUGUGCCAUUUGUUUUAGUGCUAUGCCACAUGUGGGGUGGUGGGAGAAGGUUAUAAAUACGGACUCCACUGCCUCAGGGAUGCAAGGGAGAAUUGAUUACAGAAAUUAUGUUUCCAUUUAACCACUUCAGUCCUGAUAUACCUCUGUAUGUUGGACGCUGGAAGUAUUAAAUGUCUCUAAUGAUCUUCAAUCAAAAAAAAACUCCCUUCCCCGAGUGUUGUUUUAAUUAUUUUUUCUCUGCACCCUCAGAAAACCCAUGUAAUUUAACACUUAUAGUAAACUAAAAAUACUGUUUGUAGGUAUUGUGGAAUUAUAAAUGCUAUAAUCAUUGUACACACAUAUUGUAUAUGUAUAUACUAUAUAUGUAUAUAUAAUAUGUGGCAACAUCCGUAUUGGCUUUGUAAUCAUUAGUUUUUGGCAAAUUGAAUGUGCUGUAUUGAUAAAUAUGUAUCUAUGUAAUUGUAUUGUAUGUCUUAUAGCAUAUUCACAUUUCAAAUAUUGUUAUUUUUAUUUUAUUUUUUAGGUUUGUUUUUAUUGUUUUGUUUUUUAAGGAGAAUGUACAUUUUUAUUGGUUUAUUACUGGUCAGAAGUUUUACUUUUUCAAUAUAAAUAUUGAAUAUAAACAACUCUCAUCUAAAAUAUUUCUGAAAUGAGGUGCGUUUUACAAUGGAUGCCUAAAAAAAUGAAAACAAGUGUCUGCACUGAAGAGCUUUCAUUUUUAAGACUCCAUUAAUGUGCGUAGUGUUGACUGAUUACCGUUGAAGCGUUUUGUUCCAUACAUUAAUGGCAAUUGUUUAAUCUAUCCUCACAAGAUGAGGAUAAACUGUUGGAUACAUCUUUUCAGUCCUUGGACGUUCAGACUCUUGUCACAAUCCACUGAAGAGCCUGGACAAUUAUGACUCUGGAUUUUUGGAGGGGUAACAUAUUAAGAAAAAGUAAACAAUGUAUAUUUUAAUCUGAACAUUUUUAUUGUCCUAAUUGCACACCUAUUGCUUUUGCAAAGAGUAUUUCAUUGCAUAAACCUAAGUAUAUCACAUACGUACAGUAUAUUAUACAAGGUGUUAGAACACUUCUAAUGUAUAUAAUUGUCACCAAUGUUGAAUUUCUAGUCAGUGAAAAUAUAAAUAUAUAUUUGUUUUUGUUUUAUUUUUAAUGAUGCUGUGACAGAAAUGAAAAUUGACACUGAAGCUUCACAAGAUUUAGUAUGUAGCUUUUUUAUGUUUGUUUUUUUCAGGGUGGGGGAUCUUCUAAAUAUAUGAUCUUGUUAUUUCUAUGUACAAACUUAUUUACAGUAAUCCUAUUACUAUAGGAUGGUGAAAGUAUCUCAUCCUCUAGGGAGUACCCACGUUAAAAAAUGUUUAACCCUUUAGAUGACAGAGGCAAGAGGCAGUGCAUCGAGGCUACAAGACAGUCCUUGUGUCUUCUCAUGACAUGUUUUCUGAUCUGCUUAUGCCAUUGCAAAUGACACCAACUGAUUUCUGUGAUUGUUUAAAUUAUGACUGUUUCCAGAAAACGAACAAAUGUAUAACAAACCAAUGCAAUUAUUAUUUUUUCUAUAUAUGAUUCCCCGUCUCCCAAUUUAUAUUUCUUGUUCACAUUUAAGAAACCCACACUUGCACAAAACUAAAAUGAAUGCACAGGCGUUCCCAUUAAGAAUGUAACUACGUUUCCAGAUUAUUAAACUGUCUUGCCUUACAGAGCUCUGGAUCAGACAUUUGUGCCUCAAACCCUAAAGCUGUAGGCUAAAUAUAUAUAUAUAUAUAUAUAUAUAUAUAUAUAUAUAUAUAUAUACUGUUUUUGUUUUACUCCUUAAAUAGUUGCCAAAUGGAGUACUUUCAUUGAAUGUCCUGCAUGGGAACCUAAUCCAUAGCUACCACAAGGAAACUGUAAUAUGUGUGCUUUUGAAAUAAAUUACCUUAAACUUGA